AUGAAGUCAAAGUUAGUCACUAGUACCAUGAUGAAUGUAACAGCAGACGAUUUAAUUGAAAAUGUUAGCCCGGAUGAAGAUCCGGAAAUUAAUCCAAAAAUCAUAUCAACAUCCGGUGUCCAAUCCUGUUUAACGUUCUGCUUUUGGUUUGCAAAUUUCUCAAAUGUUGAAAUAGCGCAUGUGACAGGAGCACAAUUACCAAGUGAAACAGAAGAUGAAAACUUUCAUAAAAAGUUAAAACAAUGCAUUAGAGAUAUUAUACAAUGUACACAAGAACAAGACGAUAAACAAAAUAAAAUAUGUAUAAUGCACUAUCAGAAUUAUGAUCUAUUAGAUCAUUUUAAUUACAUUAAUAAUAAUAAUUAUAACACGUUAUUAAAUACAACAUCAUUAACAAUAUCAUUAAAAUCAUGUAUUGAAUUAAUUAUAUUAUUAAAAAAUAAUUGUUUACCGAAUAUAGAAUAUUUAUUUGUUACUUUUAAUUAUUAUAUUAUGAAUGACAUACAACAAAUGUAUGAUGAUCAUUUUUGGGAAGAAUUGAAUAUAACCAAUAAUAAUAAUUUAUCACAAUUAAAAACUUUUAUAUUAAAAAAUAUUUUAUUUUCUGAUUUUAAAAUAUUAAUUAAAUAUUUUUUAUUUAUGAAACUUGAAAAAUUAGAAUUAAUAAAUGUAAUUGUUAAUGACUGUAAGUCUACUAUAUAGCAUAUAAAAUGUUUGUAUGUGCGUGUGUUUUCUAUUUUGUCAAACUGCAUCUUUCAUCUAUUAACAAAAGUUUUAAAAUUUAAGAUCCCGCCCCUCUGGGCAGAAUUGUUGUGUCGAUAGGAUAGGUUUUGAGCGAGUUUUCCAGAAUCCCUAUAGCAAAAAACAUGACUUUUCUGCAGUUGCAUUAUAUAAGUACGCGCAUGUCUGCGCACAGAUUCAUUAGAUCCGCCAUGACCGAUAACCUAUAGCAGAGUAGCGACAAAUCAUUUAACGCUGCAUUAGUUUUUAAGUAAAACGCAUUUAACAGUAUCAAAACUUAUUUUUUCGUUUUUCGCAAGGCUGUCUUUUAGCUUCAGAGCUUUACCCAUGUGUGAAAAUACUCGGUAACGACACACUGGAGAAAUUUCUUUUUCGAUUUGUGGAUAACACCUAUAGCAAUUUCUGAUUAAAAUGAGAUAUCUCCCAGCUCUUCGCGACCUUUCUUUGCAAGGUUAUAGAAUUUACGCGAAAUGCCCUAAAUAAUUUCUUAUUUCUGUAGCCUUGAGCUGACAAUGAACAUUCAGGGCUUUUCGUGUAAAUGGUAUAACUUUGUAAAGAAAGGUCGCGAAGAGCUGGGAGAUAUCUCAUUUUAAUCAGAAAUUUGCGAUCUACAAUUAUACCUCAUUAAGAAAGAUUUUGGUAAUUUUUCAGAGUUCUUGAAAAAUUGGUUUUCCUGAAAACGGGAUCUUCAAGAGCCAUGGGUCCGAACUCUUUCAGGCUUUCUCUUAUCCUAAUAUACUCUAUCGAAUGACGUAUGACCGAACGAAAUCGGACGAGUUCAACGGAAAACGUUACCUCGUAAGAAAUCUUCUUUUGAAAACCAGUCAUUUUUAGUCAAAUCAAAACUAAGGGUUGAACUUCUCAAUCAACUUAUUUUCUCUAGCAAAGAAAAGUAGGCAUAGUCAGUAUGCAAGCAAGCGUUGUGGACGUAAAUCAAAGUCAUGAAAGAAUUUUGACAGUAUAUUAAUAUGGAGCAGAAAGACAUUUCAAAAAACGUGAUGCCUAAUAUAUCGAAAAAGUUGAAGUUGAUGUGUUUCAAGAAGAAAACGUUUUUGGAUACGAAUUGCAACUUAUUUAAAAGUAAAGUGGUUGUGAUAAAACCAUGUACUAAUAGUACAAUGAGAAGUUUAUAAAAGUUGUUUUUUUCUCCUUUUACAGUAUGUGUUAUUGUUGAAAACGAAUGGGACAUAAUUUUAUCAACAUGUUUCUUAAAUUUAAAUCAAUUCAGUUUUAUGAUUAUUUACAAUAAUAAAUUCUUAUUUAUCGAUAAUGUUUUACAAACGUUUCAGAGAUCAUCAUCAUAUUGGACUA